GCACCCUUCCAAAACCAAAACAACAUCUCUAGCAAUACACACCAAACUGAACAUGUGCAGAGUGACUCCACACGAUAUGUCUUAUCAGGAGAUAAGAGGGGGACACUGGAAGAAGGGGAGAUCAGAGAAGUCAGGAACAAACAGCGUUUUUACACAAUGCAGAGGAUUAACCCCUUAGGUUCCACAGUGAGUAUAACUAGUAUGUUUUACUGCCAGGGGCGGACUGACAACUCAUGGGGCCCCCGGGCAAUAGGGGAUCAUGGGGCCCCUGUGUCCUUGCCCAAACUCAAAAAAGCCUCACAGAAAGAAAGCUAUAUUUGUGGGGGAAAAAAUGACAUAUAUUUAAUUUAUGUACAGCAUUGCAUGACAGCUCAAUUGUCAGUUAAAGUAACACAGCGCCGUAUUGCAAAAAAAAAAGGGGCCCCCUGGCAAUAGGGGAUCAUGGGGCCCCUGUGUCCUUGCCCAAACUCAAAAAAGCCUAUGAAAAAGGUACCAGGGCCAUCUCAUGGGGCCCCCUAUUUACCCCGGGUCCUCGGGCAGUGCCCGAGUUUCCAAAUGGUCAGUCCGCCCCUGC